UAAAAAUGGGAGAAGCAAUUCCUUUUAUCCAAAUAUCAGACGAAGGGGAAUUUACUGUUGAUAUUGAAGCAAUGACCAUGCUUCAGAAAUAUGAUACCAAGAAGAUAGCAUGCAUAUCUAUAGCUGGUCCUUACCGAAGCGGAAAGUCCUUUCUGGCAAAUAGGUUUAUUGGCCAAAUGAAAGGAUUUGAGAUUGGCUCGACUCAGAAGUCAUGAACAAGAGGAAUCUGGAUUUGGAACCAGCCUAUUGAAAUCAAUGUUGAUACACACGCAUUUUUGAUCGAUACUGAGGGACUUCAUUCGGUUGAUCGGUAUACUGAUCUGGAUUCUAAGAUAUUUACAUUGUCAAUCUUGCUCAGUUCGAUGUUUGUAUAUAAUACGAUGGGGCAUAUUACUUCGAACUGAAUUGAAGAGCUCAAUGUAGCAGUUAAUUUAGCCAAGAAUUUGAUGAAGCUUAGGGAAAAAGAAGAACAGAACCAUGAAGAAACAAAAGAAAUCAAGCAUACUGAAGAAGAAGUAGAAGAACUCAAUAGCCUUCUUCCGUCCUUAUUUUGGGUACUGAGAGAUUUCUCAUUAGAUCUUGAAUCAUUCACUUCAUCUGAAUAUCUUAAUGAUUGAUUAAAGAAGGUGUAUGGCAAGAAUGAUCCAAAUCUUAAAGAAAAUGCUAUUAAGAAACAUUUUUCUCAGAUAGAGUGCCAUCCCUUGGUCAGACCAACAUUCAAAGAAAAGGAUGUUGCUCACGUAAUGGAUUUAGAAUACGAAUCUUUGAGAGAGGAAUUCCGAGCAGGAGUAGAUACACUUAUGAAGAGAGUUCUUACUAGACCAAAGCUUAAGACUAUUGGGAAUAAAAAUAUGACAGGGUCAAUGCUACUUGGAAUGGCCAUUGAGUAUACUGAAGCUAUUAACUCAGGCACAGUCCCGACUAUUUAUAACUCCUUUGAAAGGGUAGCCCAUGCCGAGGCUCAGAGAUUUGUUGAUAAUCAGAUUGAAAAAUACAAAAUUGAGCUAAAGCACACUAUUUCUGAGGAUUCUGAGCACCCUCUCAAUGAAGAGGACAUAGAUGACAUCUUCAAUAAAUUCCUCAAAAAAUCUAUUAAAAGUCUGGCUAUCAAGCUAUAUGAUACAGUCAGUGUAAGUGCCUUUUUAGAAGUCCAAAAGCAGUUAGAGAAAAGCUUGAAGGAAGAUUUCAAUGAAGUGAAGAAUAUAAAUUACCAGAAAUCUCUGAAGUAUAAUUAUGACUAUCUUGUGAAAUCAUUUAAGGAUAUGAAAAAUGAGAAAAUAGAGACUGUCGAGGAUAUCAAUCCUUCUUUUAUCCAAACAUAUUAUGAGGAAUAUUAUGAAUUAUGCAAUAAAUAUGACAGAGCAUCCAUCGGUCCUGCUAAAUCAGAAGCGUUCUGCAAAUUUAUAAACUUUGACUUCAACAAUGCCCAUCAAGAACUCCUCGAUGACUUAGAUUUAGCCUUCAAAGAGGACAUCAACAACCUCCAGAUAAGAGUACUUGAACUACAAAAGAGUGAACAGAAGUGGAUUUCAAUACUAAAUAGCUUGAAGAACUCAAUCACCGCUUCUGAGGAUCAAAGGCAGAAACUUUACGAAGAGAAGAAGAAUUUGGAAGAGAAAAUAGAAGAAUUACAGAAAGUCAUCAACGAUUCCACAUCAGAGCAUUCCAAGAAAGUUGAAAUAAGACUUCUCAAGCUGAAGAGUGAUAAGAAGUUAAUUGAGACCAAAAUUAAGGAGAAGAAGGAAACAGUUGAUGACUAUAGAAAGGAAAUCGAUGAACUUGAAGUUGUCCUGCAAAACAAUAAGGAUCAGAAGUUAACUCUUCAGAGAGACAAAAUCAAAGAAGUCAGUACGAGGAAAAAUAAACUUCAGUUAAUGAGGAAUGAAUAUGACCAAAGAAAGCAGAAAUUUAAGGAUAAAUCAGAUUUCAUUGCGCUAAAUUCAGCAUUUAAGGUUAUCAAGAAUUCCUUAGACGAUGUGAAGGCACUUCUAGCAGAGCAGGAUAAAUCAAAGGAUAUAAAAUCAAAAAUUCAAGAACUUCGCAAGAAGUAUGAAGAAGCUACUGAUUAUGGAAAAUCUAUCGAACUCUCCAGUAAAGUCAAGCAUAUGAAGACACUACUGCAAGAAAAGCAGAAAUAUGCUGAAAAAUAAGAGAAUUUUACAGGAAAAAUUAGAAGAAGCCUCUAAAGAAGCUGAUGAAAUACAAGAAGAGAAAGCGAAGUUGGACAAGGAAGCUCGGAUAUUAAAGACAAAGAAGAAGCUUCUAAUAAGAGAGAACAAGAUGCUCACUGAUGACACUAAUUAUCUUGGAGGCAGCUUAUUGAUCAACCAGCUGGACUUGACAAAGUAUCUUGAUGAAAAAGACUCUGAGGAGAAGCAUAAUUUAGAGAGCCUCCAGCAACGUUUCUACGGCGAAACGGUGAAAAUGGCUACUCUUUGAGAAGACAUUGACAAUAUCACCUGAUUUAUCAGCGAGUUCGUCAAAGAAGCUAAAGAGUCAAGUAAAAAGAGACAAUCUGUUGUACGUAUAAAGGCGUUUUCAGAGCUACAAGAGGAGGACCAGGAGAACAUAAAUGAGAUGUUAUCGAAUCAGGAUAUUGAGUUUAAAUAA